AUGACUUCCACCACCAAGUAUCAACCCGCGCCGCAACGCGACUCUCUCGAUGAGCCCCAAACUUUCACUCAAGCACCACCUAGUUAUCAGACCGCGGGUCCCAGUACGAAUGAAGGAGGCUAUGGAACUCCCCGCUCUGAGGACGACAACCUCCCUGAUGACUUCAAGUUUGGUGGCUCGGUCGCUGAAGCAACUCUCGACAUCCGAAUGUCCUUCAUCCGGAAGGUCUACAGUAUCCUGACCGUCCAACUACUUCUCACGGCUGGCCUGUCGUCUCUAUCUUUCUUCUCCGAUGACUAUCGCACCUGGAUCCAGUCAAAUAGUUGGAUGAUGUGGGUGUCCCUGUUCGGAGCGAUUGGCUUCAUGCUCCUCACAUAUUGGAAACGCAAAUCAUAUCCAACCAACAUGCUCUUCCUAGCUGGAUUCACAGGCCUUGAAGCAUACAGUAUCAGCGUCAUUACAUCUUUCUACGAAAGCCGCAUCGUCCUACAAGCAUUGAUCCUCACGGUCGGCAUUUUCAUUGGCCUGACUCUUUUCGCUUGUCAAACCAAGUACGACUUCACAAGCUGGAUGCCAUACCUUUUUGGUGCCUUGUGGGUUCUCAUCAUUUUUGGAUUCAUGGCCGCUUUCUUUCCUGGCGGAAAGACCAUCGAGCUGGUCUAUGGCGUGGUUGCUGCACUGAUCUUCAGUGGCUACAUCCUUGUGGACACACAGUUGGUGAUGCGACAUUAUCACGUUGAGGAAGAGAUCGCCGCCAGCAUCAGUCUCUAUCUCGAUAUCCUGAAUCUGUUCCUCGCCAUCCUCCGAAUUCUGAACAGCCAGAACAACAACUAG